AUGGGGAAAGGGUUCUUCAUCAGCAAAGCAGUGGCAGUGACCUGCCUGAUUGCAGCCAUCAGUGCUGUGGCCACCACCAUUGGCCUCUCUGUGGUUUACACUAAGGAGAAGACAAAGAAGGACGUGACUCCUCCAAAUACUGCCAGUCCCACCAGCCCCACCACGCCUUCCACCCCGAAGGAGCCCUGGCAGCGCUACAGACUUCCAGACUCCCUUGUUCCUGUCUCCUACAAUGUCACCCUGUGGCCCAGGCCGGUGCCCAACGCAGACGGCAUGUACCUCUUCAAAGGACACUCCACUACAUUGAACAAGGCUGACCAAAUUGCUCUUCCUGACUUCAGUGUUGGAGCCAUGGAGAACUGGGGCCUGAUCACCUACAGAGAAACAGCCCUCUUAUAUAAUCCUGGUGUGUCAUCCAAUGGAGACAAGGAGUGGGUGGCAACAGUCAUCUCGCAUGAGCUCGCUCAUGUGGGGUUCGGGAACUUGGUGACCACGCGGUGGUGGAAUGACUUGUGGCUCAACGAGGGGUUUGCCACCUAUGUCUCUUAUCUUGGAGCCAACCAUGCUGAACCAACGUGGAAUAUGAAAGAUGUAAUGGUUUUGAAUGAGCUCAUUGGUGUGAUGGCUGUAGAUGCCUUGGCCUCCUCCCAUCACCUCUCCUCCAAAGAGGAGGACAUGCUGAAGCCGGAGCACAUCAGUGCACUGUUUGACUCCAUCACAUACAGCUGGGUGUGGUAUAAUUCUCUCUAUAACUCAUAA